GGAAACCUGGCGUUUCUUUUCUUUAGAGGCAUUUGACUGGGAGUUUAUGGAGGCUGCAGUCGUGGAAAAUGAAGAUCUCUUCUGUGGUCUUUGCUCUACUGUCUCGAGCACUGCUUGGAGAUGUAUGUUUGGCCAUCAAUGUCACCAUCACCCCUUCACCCUUCAUGGUGGCCCAGGAGGGUGAAAAUGUCACACUCUCCUGCGUUGUGUCCCAGCGGCGUCGGAACGCUGCCUUGCCUGUGGUGAAAUGGAGCUUCAUGCCGGAGGGCACGAACCGGCCGGAGGACGAACUCCUCGUUGCCCGCGUCAACAUGAGAAAGUCCCGUUUCUAUGGCAACUACACCAAGAGUUUCCCGUGGCCCAAACUGAAGCUGACGGUGGUGAAACAGGGGAAGAUAUUUGACUUGGUCAUCUUGAAUGUGUCCGAGGGGGACCGGGGGCUCUACAUGUGUCGGGUGCAGGAGUUUAGGCAGCAGCAGGAGCGCUGGAAGGCCUCAUCCAACUGCACCGCCACCACAGAGCUAAGGGUGCACAUCCUACCGGCCACCAAAGCCAAAGAAAGCUUGUGGAGUUUGUUCAAAGAUGUGUAUCUGUGUGCAGUGCUGAUCUGCUUAGUGGGUCUGCUGUGCAUGUGUAUGUUUACAGUGACAGUAACCUGCCAGUACAUACAGAGGAGGCAGAGGUUAAAAGAUAAUUACCUUUUGGUCAAAAGCCCUCACAACAGCUCAGGAGAGACAGUCACCAGUGGGAUCAACGGGUCUCCUGCUCUGCCCAAGAAGGAGAGGAGAUACAGGAAAAAAAGGAGCAGAGACUACCAAGAUGAGAUACCACCAGAGAUACCAGCAAAAGCUCCCAUUGGAGAUAAAACACGGACACCCAAACUUUUAAGACAGCAACCAAGAAAAGUACUGCUGCCGAAGAUAGUGGAGGAGAAUCUGACUUAUGCAGAACUGGAUCUGGUGAAGCCAAUUCCUGAAAGCAAGGCGUCGUGCAGUGGCACUGUGUACGCCCAGAUACAGUUUGGGGAGCAGCAGCUAUGAAAUAAACCCGCGUGAACAACA